AUGUCGAGCAAGAAGCUGAAGAACACAAAGGAUCGCAAGUGCUUUCGCAUGAUCAACGGAGUGCUGGUGGAACGGACUGUCAAGGAUGUGAUCCCUGCGCUGCAAACAAACGCGGAGGGGUUGAAGAAGGUAUUGGACGACUUGGUCAAGCAGUACAAGGCCAAACAAGAUGAGCUGGAGAAGUGGAAGAAAAAGAACAACGUCCAAGUGGUACAGUCAUGAGUCACUCAAGUGAUGAGGACAGGACUACCGUGUAGUCGUAUAAACACCAGGAACCUGCCAUGUCAUCUGGAGUCCUCGAUGGAUGAAGGGCUUGACGACACGGCACGCAAUGGCAAGCUCCUGAGGUCGCCCCUCUGGCA